AUGUCUUCAAACCGGGACAGCUCUGUGAAGCCCCUGCCCUCGAAACUCUUCGUCAACUUGAGGAAAUCUAUUUCAACGGCACGAAACUCUCGCGGACAACCAAGAAACGAUGCCUCCAUGAUGUACGAGCAGCGUGCACGCUACCCGCCUCGUCACCUGCAAGACGAUGGACCCACCCGACCAACUGUCGAACAGAUUGCCAUGGGCUUGCAUCUAUCGCGCACACCGCAUCUUCCACCGCACCUAUCCUCUCCGACUUCUCCGACUUCUCCACGACUGGCACGAGUAGAGAGUGCCUCCUCUCUACCGGUUGAGAGCAGUCUACGUUUACCCAGGCGACAUUCGCACCGAAUGACAGCGAGCGUAUCUACACCCAUUCGGGCCGCACCCGCAUUACCACCACCACCGUCACGUUCGGCGUUGAAGGUUUCGCGACCAGCGGAUACGCCAGCAGCGUACUCGCCCAAAGCAUCGUUGCAAACGUUCAACGACUCAGCUUCAGGCUCCACCGCUCCGUCAUCGAUAGCACCGCCGACACCCACCUCAUCAUCCUCGCGCUUCGCACGCUUCAGCCGCUUCAUCGCCCACAGAGGAGGCGGGCGCGUGGUCUCCACGUCGCAGACCACGAGCGAGAUCAGCGUCGCAAUGUCCGAGCCCGUGCGCAAGUCUGUGCGGUUCAUCAACGCGGGUGGAGACGAGGGCGAGGACGUCGAGUGA